UUCUUUGCAGGGCUGCCCCAGCUCUCUCAGGAUCUGGCAGACACUGGAAGUGGUGGUGAAGGAGACAGUGGUGGUCAAUGUUAUUUGAGCAGGGUCAGCAGGCCCUGGAGCUAUUGAGUACACGAUGCAGAAGGCUGCUUACUAUGAAAACCCAGGACUCUUUGGAGGCUAUGGCUACAGCAAAGCUGCUGACACUUAUGGCUAUGGUGCCCCCCAUCAGCCUUAUCCACCCCCUGCUGCUGCCAACUCCCUGGACACUGAUUACCCAAGCUCUGCCUGCUCCAUCCAGAGCUCUGCACCUCUGCGAGCCCCAGCGCACAAGGGGGCUGAACUCAAUGGCAGCUGCAUGAGGCCUGGUACUGGGAACAGCCAGGGUGGGAGUGGUGGUAGCCAGCCUCCUGGGCUGAACUCAGAGCAGCAGCCACCACAACCCCCUCCUCCACCCCCGACCCUGCCCCCAUCCUCACCCACCAAUCCUGGAGGUGGAGUACCCACCAAGAAGGCCAAGGGUGGGCCCAAUGCUUCUAGCUCUUCAGCCACUAUAAGCAAGCAGAUCUUUCCCUGGAUGAAAGAGUCUCGACAGAACUCCAAGCAGAAGAACAACUGUGCCACUGCAGGAGACAGCUGCGAGGACAAGAGCCCGCCGGGCCCAGCGUCCAAGCGGGUGCGCACGGCGUACACAAGUGCCCAGCUGGUGGAGUUGGAGAAGGAAUUCCACUUCAACCGCUACUUGUGCCGGCCACGCCGCGUGGAGAUGGCCAACCUGCUGAACCUCACCGAGCGCCAGAUCAAGAUCUGGUUCCAGAACCGGCGCAUGAAGUACAAGAAGGACCAGAAGGCCAAGGGCAUCCUGCACUCGCCGGCGGGUCAGUCCCCGGAGCGCAGUCCGCCUCUCGGCGGCGCCGCUGGCCACGUGGCCUACUCCGGCCAGCUGCCACCCGUGCCCGGGCUGGCCUACGACGCGCCCUCGCCUCCCGCCUUCGCCAAAUCUCAGCCCAACAUGUACGGCCUGGCCGCCUACACGGCGCCGCUCAGCAGCUGCCUGCCACAGCAGAAGCGCUACGCGGCGCCCGAGUUCGAGCCUCACCCCAUGGCGAGCAACGGCGGCGGCUUCGCCAGCGCCAACCUGCAGGGAAGCCCGGUGUACGUGGGCGGCAACUUCGUCGACUCCAUGGCGCCCGCGUCUGGGCCGGUCUUCAACCUGGGCCACCUCUCGCACCCAUCUUCGGCCAGCGUGGACUACAGUUGCGCCGCGCAGAUUCCUGGCAACCACCACCAUGGACCGUGUGACCCUCAUCCCACCUACACAGAUCUCUCGGCCCACCACUCGUCUCAGGGACGCCUGCCCGAGGCCCCCAAACUGACGCAUCUGUAGCGGCCGCCAACAGCCCGAACUCGCGGCGCAAUUACCUCGUUUGUUUGGGUGGCGGGGGUGGCGGGCGGGGCCGGCGGGGCAGCUCGGUGACUCCCCCUCCCUCGCUCUGGCCCGGUCGCUGCCUCCGGGUCUCGGGCCAAGAGCGGCCGAGGCGCAGGCAACUGGGCCUCCUCUCCAGGCGCGCCCUUAUUUGGGUGACUCGCCAUAAAUCAGCCGCGAGGAUUCUCCUCUGUAAGCCUGACAGUGCCGUAUCAUGCGGACCGAGGGACUCUAAUCUGGUAAUGGUGUCCCGAAGGUAAGUCUGAGGUCCAUGUGCGGCGCGCCUUGCAGAGGGACCAGAGCCCGGAGAGCCCGGGCCUGACCCGCGUCUAGUUUAGUUGCGGAGCCCUUAAUUUAUAAGCUUCUUCCCGUCAAGAUUGCAUCGGACUCAACGAUCUGUAUUUAUUAUUUGAAGCGAGUCGUUUCGUUUCCCAGAUUAUUUAUCCUCGUCUUAAUGUAUUUAUGUGUAUAUUUGUAGAAUUUCCCAGCCGAGUUUAGGAACGUGCUUCCAGGCCACCGGGGGCCCCAUUUCACUUCUUUAGUCCCCUUGGUCUGAACUAGUUGAGAGAGUAGUUUUGAACAGUUGUAACUGUGGCUGGUGUUUGUAGUUGAUGUAAAGGAUUAAGACCGCAAAUUGUUCUUCAUGGGUAAGUCAGGUGGCCCGUGGCGUGGCAAGACACCCGUUACUCAUUUCUGAACAGCCGCAGCCCUUGCCACUGGACACAGUUUAUUGAUUUCAAAUUGUCUGGUACUAUUUGAACAAACAUUUAGAAUAAAAAAAAUUUCUCAGUCA